AAGGAAGGCGCUUGCAGCCGGAGCCUCCGAGGCGCGCUUACUCUGAAGUAAGUCCCACUGAGUUCGACGCAGCUUCCUCCCACGCAAACUUAGAAGCAAUUCGCAGCGGACUCAGUCGGGGCUUCCUCCCGAGGAAGCGAACAUGUGCUAAAGGGGGCUGCGUCCCGCCCCCUCGCCUAACUUUCGGGCACGGAGAGGCUUCUCGCCCUGCCCAGGCGCCCCUGGAGGGAAAAGGAGGAGCCUCUGGCGGACGGCGCCCGCCCCCUUGCUUAAUCGAGCGCAGAGGGAGGAGGAAGCUGCAGCCCCGGCUGCUUUCCUUUACGAGAGCCGGCGCCGGCUUCCUCGCACCCCGCGGCCGGCUUCAUGGCUCCUGCGUCGCGGAUCGCUGACCUGCGGCAGGCGGGCAACGAGCAGUUUCGCAACGGGCAAUACAGCCAGGCGGCCGCCCUCUACGGCCGGGCGCUGGAGUUACUGGAAGCAGCAGGGGAUGCAAAUGCAGAAGAGAGGAGUGUUCUUUUGUCCAAUCGUGCUGCCUGCUAUUUGAAAGAUGGGAACUGUAGUCUCUGCAUUAAGGAUUGUUCUGAGGCCCUGGAUCUGGUCCCUUUUGGAAUCAAGCCCCUGUUGAGGCGCGCAGCAGCCUAUGAAGCUCUUGAGAGAUAUCAUUUAGCCUACGUGGACUACAAAACUGUGUUACAGGUUGAUAUCACUGUACAAGCUGCACAUGAUGGAGUCAAUCGAAUGACCAAAGCCUUACUGGAAAAAGAUGGUCUUCAGUGGCGGCAGAAGCUCCCACCCAUCCCAUCUGUUCCAGUUUCUGCUCAGAGACGGUGGGAGCCCCCACCUGGAAGCCAAGAAGCUACUACAAGAAGCAAUGAAAACACUACCGCAGGAACAAAGCAAGUGCCUACUGCUGCCACAGUGGAUCGAGCAAAUGUGUUGAAGCUGGAAGGAAAUGAGCUUGUAAAGAAGGGAAACUAUAAAAAAGCUGUUGAGAAGUACACAGAAAGCUUAAAACUCCAUAAGCUGGAAGGUGCAACGUACACUAACAGGGCUCUUUGCUACCUGAAUAUGAAGCAGUACAAGGAAGCAAUUCAGGAUUGCUCAGAAGCACUUAAGAUGGACCCAAAGAAUGUCAAAGCAUUUUACAGACGAGCACAAGCAUAUAAAGAGCUCAAGGACUACAGAUCUAGUAAAGCGGAUAUCAACAGCCUCUUGAAAAUUGAACCAAAGAACAGUGCUGCUCAGAAACUACUGGAAGAAUUAAAAUAACUCUUAAAAUAAGAGAGGCUAAAGGCAACACCAUGCUCUUCUGAA